AUGCUGGGUGUGCUUUUUGGCUGCCUGCUCAUCGGUGUUGUCUUCUUCGUGCCCUACUUCCAACGUCGUCUAGGCAAGGGUGACAUUCGCGUCAAGUUCUACCAUCUGCCUCUUCGACCUAUGCUGUUGGUGGACAACUGCCCGUUGUACUUCCCGUCCAAGAGCGAUGCCGUCGUCGUCGACUACUACGAGGAUUCGUAUGGCGAGGUGGUGGCUGGACGCGACUUCCGUCGUUAUUAUGGGCCACUCUGUAGGUUGUACUAUUGCUACCAUCAUCACUGGCUCCUACAAGGGCACAGAGGGGUAUCCGUUAUCCGGAUCACAUCGGGCUUCGGUCCGGAGCUGAUUCCUGAGGUGCGCGAAGCCUUUUAUUCUUUGGUGACCCCAACAGAAGACCGGAUUUUCUUCGAUCGUGCUAUGAGGGAUAUGAUGAUGGUGCAGCUCCCAGCUCGGAAAGUGGCCCACCCCGAGGUAUGGGAGCUCAAUGUUCGUCUGGAUAAGGGAAUUCCCACUGCAGAGCUAAUUGAUGGGAAUCGACAAUAUCUCGACUACUGGCAGAAGUAUAGCCAUGCGAUCAAGGUCCCUGUGAUGCAUGCGAUUAGCGAGUUCGACGGAAUGUUCAUAUCGACCCCCGAUAUGGCCAAGCGUAUGGCGAGGCCUUCUCUGCGAGUCCACGGAAAGAAUGUGGAAUUGUGCCUAUGUCUCCAAAUUGUAUUGAACUUAGCCGCCAAGGCCGAGGAUGGUCGGCGCGGUGCUGUGGGUUUGCACUGGAAUGUGCCGCAGCCAACGUGGUGGCGAAAGAGUAAUUGGGUUUUUUGUCAGUUGCUACUUCAAGCUCCAACGAGCUUUAUCGGCUCCGCUUAUCGUUCACAAGUGUUAGCAAUUGCACUACAUUUCGGGCAGAUUGCAUGUUGA